CUCUUCGCGCCUGCGCAGAGGCGUCCGGUCUCUCCGCGGAAAGGCCGCGUUCGUCUGCGGAUCGUCGGCCGGGCAGCCCGGGAGGGGAUCGUCCCGGCGCCGCCAUGGAGAGCUCGGGCGCAGGAAUGGACCAGCAGCUGGCUCAGCUUGUAGAAGACUUGACCACCUCUGGGGAACCACAACUGGAUCCAAAGAAGAUGAAAGCACUGAAGAACAUCUGCAGGUGCUCUGAUGAACACAUCAACCACGUUUACCACCUGCUCAUGUCCCAGUUAAACCAAGAACACGCCGAGAUACGUCUUUCCGCCUUCCAGAUAGUGGACCAGCUCUUCGCUCGCUCGCAUCUCUUCCGGACGUUGCUUGUCUCCAACUUCCAAGAGUUCCUGGAGCUGACGGUGGAAACAAACUAUGAUAGGCCUCUCCCUCCGCCAACAGAGGUAGCCCAGAAGCUGAAAAAAGCUGCCAUCCAGUCUGUACAAGAGUGGCACGAGAAAUAUGGAGAAGCCUACAAGAAACUUUCUCUGGGAUACUACUUCUUAAAACAGAACAAGAAGGUAGAUUUUCAAGAUGUACAUGCCAGAACUCUAGCAGAAAGGAAGCGAGCUGAAGAGAGGCAGAAACGAUUGGAUAAUAUUUACAAGGAUAAAGCCCAAAAAGCAGAAAAGGAAAUGAAAGAUACGUCUGAAGAGAUGCAGUCUGUGCUGACCCAGCUGGACAGCUGUUUCCAGCUGCUGGUUCCGGAUCCUUUGGACUUCACCUUCAAUGGUGCCGAAAUCCCUGAUUGGAGGAGAAGGGAAGCGGAGACAAACGGCACCUGUUCCUCGGCGCAGGUAGCAAACCAGCCAGGAGCCUCCAUGGAUCACAGUCAGCAACCUUGUUGUAGCAAGGACCUCCCCCACAUUUCUCUGGUGGCAGAAGACUCCGACAGGGAAACGGAGAAGGACCAAGGACUGGGAGAUUCCUUCCAUCCUGGAUCCGCUUCUCUUGGCCUGAUGGAAGAUGAUGAUCCAGCCCUAUUUCUUCGCAGCCACGGACUCGGCUCUUACAAAUAUGCGCUCAGUCUGGAAGUAUCUUCAGAUGUGAAACUGAGUGAGAAUGAAGACAAUGCAGCCAUCAUAAAUAACCUUUCGGAUAGUUUUAAGCUCAUAACAAAUAAAUUUUUGCCAUUGGUGCAGUCUUGGAUUCAGUUAUUCACCAGGGCUGGGAUAAGCGAUGAUCGGCUCAGACAAGCCAUUGACCUCAAAAAUAAACUGGAGGCUGCUUUGGAGAAGACUAAAAAAAUGAACAUUGAUUUUCAAGAGAAGAAAACAUGGAUGAAAAGCAAAGAGGAAGAGGAGGAAGAGGAGGAGGAAGAGGAGUUUGUGGAGGUACCUGAGAAGGAGGGCUUUGAGCCGCAGAUCCCAGACCACCUUCGGGAAGAAUACAGCCUGGAACCUGUGUUGCCCACAAGAAAAAGUGCGGUAGGAACUGGGAAGAACCAAGCGGUGCCGAUGAGGUCUCCGUUCUUAUCCCAAUCUGUGAUAGUGGAGGAAGAGCUGGAUCCAACCUCUGCUGCAGCCACGUGGAAAGUUAUCCGAGAUAAACUGCCCAGACUGCCCACUGCAGAGGACAAGGAUUGCAAACCGACAACAUCCAAGGAGGCCAACCGUCAACGUGAAGAAGAGAAAGCCAAAGCCCCUCUGGUGCCUUUUGGGAUCGACCUGUUCUACUGGGGCCAGGAGCAGCCAACAUCUGGAAAGAUCCUCAGGUUUUCUUCUCAGCAUCGCUUCUGGGCACCGAGCGAAGUCGAUGAAGAAGUAGAAAACAAAGAGCUUUCGGAGAUGCUGAAAAGUCGGUACAUCACCUACGCUGGCAGGUUUGAACCCGUGACACACAAGUGCCGGGCCCCGAUGCCCAACGGAAGCCUUUGCGAGAGACAGGAUAGGUUUAAGUGCCCUUUUCAUGGAAAAAUAGUUCCUCGGGAUGAAUCUGGGAACCCGCUCAAUCAAGAGGACAGAGACAGAGAAGCAAAGGAGCAGUUUGAGAAGAAAGAACAGCAGCCAGAAUGGCAGGAUCCCAACUUCAUGAGAGAAGUGGAAGCCGCUACCGGCGUCGACCUUGGCUCUUCUCAAUAUGACAGGAAAGCAAAAGGCGGGAAGAAGAGAGGGAAGGCAAAGAAGAAAUAUCCCAACCUCACAGAUCUAAAGCAAAAGGCGAACACACCCCGUUCCCGUCUCGGGAAAAAGGUUUUCAACAAAGGCGCAGUGAAGCGAAUCGUCAAAGCAAUGAAUCGGAUCGACCAACGGAAGCACGAAAAAUUUGCAAACCAAUUCAACUACGCGCUGAAUUGAACGUCGUCAAGAGCAAGACUUAAGAAAAAACCGUGUACCGUAACCGUGUUUUUCAAACUGGGCCACUUUAAGAGGGGUGGACUUCAACUCCCAGAAUUCCCCAGUUGAAGUCCAUCCCUCUUAAGGUGGCCCAGUUUGAAAAACACAGCUCUGCAUGUACAAAAAUUGGAGGGGCUUCAAUUGAGUGACUGUCGCCCCCUUUUUAAAACUUCUUCCAUGGACACUGCUUGAUUGAUUGAAACAAUCUCAUUCAUACAGAGGUAUAUAUUUAUAUUAAUUUAAUAUAUUUAAUAACAAGCGUUGGGCUUUCUUAAGAAAAUACGAAGCUCAUCCUGGCACAUUGAAAGGCUUAGGAAUUGUAUAUAUUCCGGAAAUAUAUUGUAAUGUUUAUACUGUUUGUGAAUAAAAUGUUAUAACUUAGGUAUGUUCAAAAUCUGAUGCAGUACAAACUGAUUCUAUUGUGUAAGGAGAUCUAGAAAAAAUUACAAUUCUGGUUUCUACAUGCAAGUGAUUAAAUGUUAAAUGUUUUCCAUGAAGUAUAUCAGAAAGUUGGUAUUAUUGUACUGUAUUUCCCCGAAAAUAAGACCCAACUGGAAAAUAAGUCCUAACAUGAUUUUUUAGGAUGCUCAUAAUAUAAGCUCCACCCCCAAAAUAAGGCCCAGUUAGGAUUGUCAGCCGGCUGGAUGCAUUUAGUACCGUAUUUCCCCAAAUAUAAGACCUAACCACCAAAUAAACCUUAAUGCCUCUUUUGGAGCAAUAAUUAAUAUAAGACCCAGUCUUAUUUUCAGGGAAAUAUGGUACUUAUAAGGACAAUAUGUUUAUUCUGUUCUUGCACAUAUGAAUUCUUGUAUGGUUAUGUAUCUAUGCAGAUUCUUGCAGUCAUCCUGGGAAUGUAUUAAAUAUGUAUUUUAGACAUUUAUACAGCUGCCCAUCUUUUAAACCCACUCUGGGUGAGUGAGGAGUUUUAGAAUUUUUUUUUUCUAAUAAAAAAAAUUAAAAGAUAUAUAAAAUCAUUUUAAAACUAGGAAACUCAACCGAUGAUAAGAAUAAAAGCAAUAAAAACCUGGCACCAAUCA